AUGUCAGUUGAAAAUUGUGACGACCCAGUUCAACAAGAGCAUGGAGUGAUCGCCGAGAGUUUACGAGUCCCCUUUCUUCUGGCCCUUCUCAGUCUGCUCGCGAGAACUCGUCGCUGCCACUGCUCGCCGCGGCUGCUCGUCGCUACAACCCAGCUCGUCGCGGCUGCUCGCCGCAUCUCGUCGCCGCGGCUGCUCGCCGCAACCCAACUCAUCGCCACAGCUGCUCGCUGCCUGAGUCGCCGUAACGCCGCUCGUUGCCGCUCGUCGCCGGAACCCAGCUUGUCGCCCCUCGUCGCCGCCUCAGUCGCCGCAACCCGACUCGUCGCCGCUCGUCGCUGCGGCUGCUCGCCACCUCAAUCGCCGCAACCCAGCUCGUCCAACCCUUACGCCGCCGCGAAGUUCAACUCUGCUAUUGGAUUCAAUCUUGCUUCCUUUACUUCAUGGCCUGAUAAUCUUUCUGAGAUUCUGCUCAAAGAAUUCUUUUCUGCUGUGCAGCAUGUUGAAGUGGUACCUCAAAUGGAAAAACAGCAGCGUCUGGAGCAGAUCCUUCGUUCCCAAGAACGGGGUUCUAAGGUAAUUGUUUUUUGUUCUACGAAGAGGUUGUGUGAUCAGCUUGCGCGCAGCAUUGGACGUAAUUUUGGAGCUGUUGCUAUCCAUGGAGACAAGUCUCAAGGCGAGAGAGACUGGGCUCUAAAUCAGUUUCGGAGUGGAAAGAGCCCUAUAUUAGUUGCCACUGAUGUUGCUGCCCGGGGCCUUGACAUAAAAGAUAUCAGGGUAGUGAUCAAUUACGAUUUCCCUACCGGGAUUGAGGAUUAUGUCCACCGAAUAGGGAGAACUGGGAGGGCUGGUGCAACUGGAGUGUCGUAUACUUUCUUCUCUGAGCAGGACUGGAAAUAUGCAGCUGAUUUGAUAAAAGUCCUAGAGGGGGCAGACCAGCAAGUUCCCCCUGAGGUGAGAGAGGUGGCUUCUCGGGGUGGGUCUGGUUUUGGCAAAGAUCGUGGAAGGGGCAGCCGUUUUGAUUCUGGUGGUGGUGGACGUUGGGAUUCAGGAGGUCGUGGUGCGAUGAGUGGUGGUGAUUUUGGUGGCCACGGUGGUAUGGGUGGUGGCAACUUUGGUGGCCGUGGUGGUAUGAGGGACGGGAACUUUGGUGGUCGGGGUGGAAUAAGAGAUGGUGGGUUUGGGGGACGUGGAGGAGGCCGGGAUGGCUUCGGAAACCGUGGUGGAAGAGGCGAAUUCUUUCCCAGGCGUGGAAGAGGACCCCGAGGAUUUGGUGGACCGCCAGGCAGUGGUCAGGUUGGUUGGGAUAGGAAUGACCGUGGCCUAAAUGAUCGGUUUGAUAUGGAGGGACGUGGUGGCUAUGCACGUGGGCGUGGACGGGGGCGGUUUGGUAAUAGAAGAGACCUUCCAGAUAUGGGUAGAGGUAGAAGUUACAGUCGUAGCCCAGAUAUGGUUCGAACGUGGGGCAGCCGGAGCCGCAGCAGAAGCCGCAGCAGAAGCCAGAGCCGCGGUCGCAGUAGGAGCUGGAGCAGGAGCAGGAGUCGCAGCCGAAGCCGGAGUUGGUCGAGGGGCCGGAGCCGUAGCUAUAGCCAGAGCCCUAGCCGGAGCAGGAGCCGGAGUCGCAGCCGCAGCUAUGAAAGAAACAGGAGGCCUCGUGUUUCCAAAUUUGAUCAGAAAGAACCGGAUGCUUCAGGCCUCGGUGCCCCUCCUGUGUCGGAAACUUCACUUGCACCUCCGGUUAUGCCACCGGAUACAUUUUCAGGCGUUGAGCCGGCUGGGGAUCUGCCUUUGGUUGCUGAGACAAUGAAUGUGCCUCCUGUGACUGAGGCAGAGCCUUCAGUGGCAGAGCCAUGAAUUUUGAUUUUGGCGUUUUCUGGUAGCCAUUCAUCUUCUUUCAGGUCAUUGGUUCCAAAUUUUGCUUUUACGCGAUGCAGCUUAGUGAAGGAUUGGCCAAUACAUGAAUACCUGAAGUCGCUGUCGUGCAUGGGGAUGAAUUUAAUAGCUGGAUGUCAAGUAUUGCGUGGGAUGUUGUGGGUGUAGGUCAUUGUAGUAGUGCACUGAGUAACUUAUCAGCUGUGAUAGAGCUCGGAAUCAAGGAGGGGUUUCUUCCUUUUGCCGGAUUCAAGGGGUGCCCGUGCCGAAGUGGGACUUUAGGUAAUAGUUGGUCUGAUACUUGGUGGUGGGAUUUUUGUAUUCAGGAUUCAGGAAGCAGCUAGCUAUUGCAUUCUCUGUUUCAUAA